AUGGUGGUAUUUGUUAAGCAGCUAAGUGAAGAAAACGAUGCCAUCAUCAUCGAGCUGGAUAUCUUGGUCACUGUCUUUACCGCCUCAUACGAAGCAUUCUUGCGUCCUGGUGAUAGUCAACAUAGCCAUGUAGUUCAUGUGUACACUGUUACAGUACCUCAUCGCAAGAUGAACGUCUCCGCACGUCCCGCAUUCACGAGCAUAGCCGCAGCAGAAAGUGCAGCAGAAAGCGCAGCAGAGCUACACUUUGCAUUGUCUUCAUAA